ACUGCAAAUCAGAAAAAUCUUCUCAAACCCUUGCAGAUCAAUACCAACCCCCUAAUCACAUUUCAUUCCAAACUCGGUAGAUUGCAAUGAUGAAGGCUGUUUUUGGUGCUAUGUUUGCUGUCAUGCUGCUGCAUUGUGCGGCAGGACAAACUGUGCAUACAGUUGGAGAUGGUGUCGGCUGGGAGAUACCCCCAAAUAAUUCUUUCUCCUACUCCAAUUGGGCUUCCGGCAAAACGUUUAUGGUCGGCGACAUCUUGGUAUUCAACUUUAUGACCAACCAACACGACGUCGUCCGUGUGCCGCAAGCCUCGUACGACGCAUGCACGCAAGACAACGCCAUCGGCAGUGUCAUCACCGCCGGACCAGCAAACAUCACUCUCGACUCCGCCGGCAACCACUACUACAUCUGCACUUUCGGCCGCCACUGCGAGUUCGGACAGAAGCUGGCCGUAACAGUAGUCUCAUCCACUCCC